AACAGAAUCACCACCGAAGAAAGGCUAAUACAAAACAAAAAAUACGAGUAAACCGCGUGUCUCGAGAGAUUUCAAGCUAUCAACAUGAGUAAAGAAACAGAAAACCCAACAAUCGUUUUCGUUACCGGAAACAAAAUGAAGCUGCGUGAGGUGAAGGCAAUUCUUGGUAAUGAGUAUGAAGUUGUCAACCACAAAUACGAUUUGCCAGAGAUUCAAGGAUCCACCGACGAAGUUACCAUUGAAAAAUGCCGUACAGCGGCCGAAAUUGUAAAAGGGCCGGUGAUUGUUGAGGAUACUUGGCUUGGGUUUAAUGCUAUGAAUGGUCUUCCAGGCGCAUAUAUCAAAUGGUUCUAUCAGAGCAUUGGAUGUGAGGGUCUCUACAAAAUGCUUGCCGGUUUUGAGGACAAGGGUGCUGUUGCCGGUUGCACUUUUGGCUACUGUGAAGGCCCCGGCCACCCCGUCCAACUUUUCCGUGGUGAAGUUGAUGGAACCAUUGUGUCGCCUACUGGUGAGGAAACUUUUGGUUGGAACCCUGUUUUCAAGCCCAACGGGUUUGAACAGACAUACGCUGAAAUGGACGAUGAUGUGAAGAACAGCAUCAGCCAUCGUUACAAGGCAUGCAUGAAGCUCAGAGACUUUCUUCAAGAAAAAGCUCGCCAAAAAUAAAGAAAACGCAUUCGACAGCCUUCAGAAUGUUUUUUUUUUUGGAUCACUGCAUACACAAACAGCUCUAUUACUAUACAAAAAAUAAAAUAAGUCUCCUUUUGUUUUUUUCGAAACUAAUGGUUUUUCUUCCAAGCCUCUAACCAU